UUCCUUCGUACCACCACCACCUCUCGCAGGCAAGACCUCUGGCAGGUCCCGCACCCUCUUUUCUUCGUUCUUCAACCGUCCCUUGGACCCUUUUCUUUAGCCCACCCACACCGCUAUCCGCAAGCUUGCUUUACUUGUCUCCCGACGCUCCCGUUCUUUUUCAGCAAUCUGCAUCCAGCCACUCGACCGACAAUUCACUCAAUUACUGACAAGAUGCUGAACGUUCACUCUGCGACUACCCCGCGUCUCGCUGCUUUCAGCCCGCUGCCUUCUCCCCGGAUGCCUACGCCUCAGACGGCCAGCUUCUUUCCUCGCUCCCCCAUGCCUGGCAUGCGGGGUCAGGAAGAGGUGCUUGACCGCUGGAUGGAAGGCUUCCAGCAGCACGAACAGACCCUUGCUGCGAUGGCUCAGGCUACCUUGGAUCAAAGCUUCAGGGAUGAGCUUGCAACCAUCGAACAAUGGUUCACUGUGCUUUCCGAGUCCGAGCGCACGGCGACCGCCUACACGCUCCUCCAGCACUCCAACCUGUCGCAGCUCCAUUUCUUUGCGUCUGUUACGCAGCAGAUGAUUCGCACCAUUGAGGGCCAGUGCAUGUCGCCUGCUUUCCCUGACCGUAGCCGCAAGCAGCGUAACAAUGACUCGCUGCGCCCUCCUCGUCUCCAGAUGCCUACUUCCUCUCCCUCGUCCCCGCGCUCUUCUCCGCGCGUGGACUCUUACAACACCCCCUCCACCGCCGUCGACAACAACCCGGGCCUGCCCCUCAAGAGCAGCAAGGCCCUCGACUUCCCUGAUCUCCCCGACACCGCCCAGGAGCUCAUGAUCCCCGGCCGCGCGCCGGACAUGGGCUCCUGGGCGAACCUCGUCCCGACGCCCCAGUUCAACAUGUUCCCCAAGGCGCCGGAGAAGCCCGCUCUCCCGACCUCCCCCUUCGGCGUGCUCAACCAGUUCAACCUGAACACGCCUAACCCGGCGGAGACGCAGACACAGAUGCUCGCGCUGCAGCUCAUGAUGAACGGGCUGAUGAAGAACGGGCAGGCGGUCGACGCGAACGUGCAGCCCGCGGUGCCUGCCAUGUCCGAGCCGCCCAAGCGCGCGCAGCGCGCCUCCGUCUCAUCGGCGUCCAGCAACACCAACAACCAGAACAACUGGCGCGCCGGCGGGGCGCAGAACGGCGGCGGGCGCUACGGGAACCGCGGCACGCGCGGCUCCGGGCGCACCUCGGGUGCCCGCGGCGGCGCGGGCGCGAACGGCGCGACGCCGCUCACCGAGGAGGGCUUCGACCCGCGCAUGCUCACCGACAUCCCGGGCUGGCUCAAGAGCCUGCGCCUGCACAAGUACACCGCGUGCUUCGCGCACAUGCCGUGGCAGGAGAUGGUGAUGCUCACCGAGGAGCAGCUUGAGGCGAAGGGCGUCACCGCGCUUGGCGCGCGCCGCCGCAUGAUGAAGAUGUUCGAGGUCGCGCGGAAGAAGAUGGGCAUGGAGGAGGGUGGUUCUGGUAGUGAGGGGGAGGCGGAGCCGUCGAUGGACGUGUCAUCGUCGAAGACGCCGUCACCGGCGGCGCCUACUGUUGCCCUUCGUGCGUGAACGAGCUCGGGACUGCUGUAAUUACUGCCAAGCUUUGUGGACAAUUUUUGGCGUUGUACGCCGAUUUCAAUCCCUUUAUAUCGAUGCAAAUAUAGGAUGGUACCACAAA